GUCUCAACGCAGAUCACUUCAACAUCAGCGGGUGGAAAGGUACAAUACCAACAAAGCACGGUUCGUGCAUCAGGGAGUUGUACCUUGGCGAAGAACACUCCAAUUUAGCGAAAACAUAGGUAGCAUCGCCUUGGUCGGUGGCAACUGGCAGCCAUCGCCAUAUAUUGAGCUGCCGAUUCGUCUGAUUCCGCCGGAAUAUACUUGGAAAUGGCGCUGAAGCUAAGCGUUACGCCGAUGAAGAUGCCUAAUUUCCCCGGUUUUCAGCUUAGAUCUCACAGCCACAGGGUUUCUAUGGCUUCCACCAUUCAUUCUCCCUCACUAGAUGCUGGAAAAGCUAAAAAGCCUUUUACUCCCCCUCGUGAGGUUCGUGUCCAAGUCACCCACCCAUUGCCACCGGAGAAGCGUGAGAUCUUCAAUUCGUUGCAAGAUUGGGCUGAAGAGAACAUCCUGGUACUCCUGAAGCCUGUUGAGAAGUGUUGGCAACCAAAUGAUUUUCUUCCGGAUCCAUCUUCGGAGGGCUUUGAAGAAGAGGUCAGAGAACUUAGGAAGCGAACCAAGGAUCUCCCUGAUGACUAUUUUGUCGUGUUGGUCGGGGAUAUGAUCACAGAGGAAGCUCUUCCAACGUAUCAGACUAUGCUCAACACUCUAGAUGGAGUGCGAGACGAGACUGGUGCCAGCCUCACUCCUUGGGCUAUCUGGACGAGGGCGUGGACUGCUGAAGAGAAUAGGCACGGCGACCUUCUUAACAAAUAUCUUUAUCUUUCUGGACGCGUUGACAUGAGGCAAAUCGAGAAAACCAUACAGUACCUGAUCGGCUCAGGCAUGGAUCCAGGCACAGACAAAAACCCCUAUCUCGGAUUCAUCUACACCUCGUUCCAGGAGAGGGCAACCUUCGUUUCUCAUGGAAACACAGCUCGGCUCGCCAAGGAACACGGCGACCUGAAGCUGGCUCAGAUCUGUGGCAUCAUUGCCGCGGACGAGAAGCGUCACGAGACGGCCUACACCAAAAUCACCGAGAAGCUGUUUGAGGUCGACCCGGACGGCACAGUGCUCGCACUCGCUGACAUGAUGAGGAAGAAGAUCUCGAUGCCUGCUCACUUGAUGUACGACGGCGCAGAUGACAACCUCUUCGAGCACUUCUCCUCCGUAGCACAGCGGCUCGGAGUCUACACCGCCAAGGACUACGCCGACAUCUUGGAGUUCCUCGUCACGAGGUGGGAGGUGGAGAAGAUGACGGGGCUCUCCGGUGAGGGACGGAAGGCUCAAGAUUACGUAUGCGGUUUGCCACCUCGGAUUCGGAAGCUUGAAGAGAGGGCGCAAGCACGGGCGAAGAAGUCGGCCCCGGUGCCUUUCAGCUGGAUUCACGGCCGAGAAGUGAUGCUUUAAACUGUGUUUUCUAACUAUGUGGUUUUUAUCUGUUUCUUCUCCGGCGUGGUUUGAACACAUUAAGGUUGCUUUUGCUACGCAAAAAGACUAUUUAGCUUAUCAAUUAUUUGCUUGUUAUAUAUAUA